AUGGUAGCCAUUAGUAGACCCUUGUUACAGGCUUACAGCCUGAAUAUGCAAAUGGACAUGCUGAUUGUAAAUGUGUGCUUGAUGAGUCGAUACAUUUGCGAGUAUCUCGAUGCGGACGAGGGUAGUCGAUGUUCCUGGCGCCUGAAUGAUCCAUACUGGCCCCAGCGAAGACGGGUCUGUAGCAAAGAUGGAAAGGCCUCUGGACAUGUCAAACUCAUCUGCUUAACAACAUCUCGUCUGAAAGUCAGCUCCCAACCUUCUACAGAGGCCUACAGCAACCGGAAAACAAAAAUGAGGGAUGAUUAA